AUGCUUACUCCCCCCCCAUCCUUGAUCGAACGAUUGACUGUAAAAAUUCUUAAAAAUUGGGGAAAUUAACCCCCAUCCUUGAUCGAACGAUUUUCAUAUCAUGCAAAUUUUUUAUAUAUAUAAAAAUAUAAGAGUUAUCAAAAGCUUGGGAAGAUGUACCUAAUGAAGUUGUUUUCAGAGACUUUGAGACGAUAGAAAGCUUCGAAAUCAACCAUUCAAAGUAAUUUAGUCAUCAACAUGGGCUUAAAAACUCAAUAAUCUAAUAAAAUAGAGAUUCUUUAAAAUUUUUAAAAAAACAAAUUUUAAUUUAAUAAGUAACAAAUUAAAAUUUAUACAGUUUAGAGGGGUAUCUAAUAAAUUAAAAUAAAAAAUUGGUAUUUUUAUGAAAUUAAUUCAAUUUUUUGCUGUAAAAAUAAUUAUUAAAUACUCUUAACCCUCUUAUUUAAAAGUAAAUAAAAAAAAAAUUUAUAUAUAUAUUUUAUUUUAUAUAUAAAUUUUUUUCCCAAAAAAAUUUUUUUUAACCCCCAUCCUUGAUCGAACGAUGGCGAGUCGUUCGAUCAAGGAUGGGGGGGGGAGUUAGGCUAUCAAAUGCCAUUCGCCGUAUAUAGGUGUUUUUCCCUAUAUAGCCCGAUAAGAACCGUGGGUUCUCCGUGGAAUCCCUCUGCUGGUUUAGCCAACCCGUGAAUUGGUCAAGCCAACACACUGAGUUGGUUUGACCAAAAGAGGGAUUCCAUGGAGAACCUACAGCCCUUAUAGGGCCAUAUAGGGAAAACCCCUAUAGCUUUAUUCCGUGCUUUUGCAACACCUGACAUUAAAACAAGAGAAAAAAGAGCCAAGCUUGAGGAUGAUCCUUAUGAUAACCCAUGGGCUGACGUCGAAAACACCAAAGCAAAUUCCCUAACUCCUCCUCCGUGAGCGAACAAGUUUUUUUGUUCGCUCACGGAGGGGUUAAUUUUUUUUUAAAACAAUUUAUAUAUAAAUUUUAUAAAAUUUUUUUUCCGAAAUUUUAAAAAAAUUUUAAUUCGCAAAAUUGAAAAGCAAAUCUUUAUUUGAUUUUAAAAUUUAUUUUUUAGCACGCAAUUUGUUUAAAAUUAAACAGAAUUAGCUCUAGAUUUCGUAAUAAUACUUAUCAAUUUUUUUUUUCAUAAAAAAAUUUUUGUUCGAUCACAGGGUGGAUUUUGGUCGAAAAAUAGGGAUUCCUCCAAUAGUUUUGCUCGUUCACGGAGGGGGGGGGUAAGUCCUUUACCUGUAGAGCCUUAUCCAAGAAGAAAACUCAAAGAACUUCUACUGAUUACCUUAGAAAGGCUAAAAGAAUUCCCAGAAGACUGGGGCUACAGGAUUUUAGUUGAAGAAACUUGUAGAUUCCGCCUAAAAAUUGUGGAGGAAAACGAAGACAUUGAAGAAAUUGAAAGAAAAAUAGGACUGGGAUAUUGUGAAGGUUUAAUUCAGUCUCAUGUAGCAGAAUUGAGAUUAUUAGAAAAAUGCAAACGUAAGAAAUAAGUAGAUGAAAAACCAUGGGAGCCAGAAGUCAUGGACGAAGGUGAUAAAGAAUUCUUUGAGAAUAUUACAAACGGGCAGUUUGGAAAUUGGAAGCCUAUUUUCACAGUACCAAAGCCACCUAGAGGAGCUUAA